CAGAAUCCAUCUAGAACAUCUAUUCACUCUGUCACCACAACUCUUUCCAUCAAGAUAUCAUACCACAUCAUAUCGUCUAGGAUUGAAGCAAUUAUAUCUACCCUCAUAAACAUCUUGAAUACCAGGUGACAUUUACACUGUUCCAUUGACUUACAAUCAAGGUCACUACAAUAACCAUACCUGUUUACAUUUUUCGCCCUCAUAGCUAGAGUCGGUCUUCAUAACACGGUCUCCAUAUUGACGCAGGAAAUCGAUAUACCUCCCCACUUCUGCAAAGUCAUCCAAGAAAUAUAUUGUUUAGCGAUUUCGGUAUAUGACAGCGGCGGCAAUGUUUUACACCGGUGAUAUCAAUAGCGGGAUCAGCAAGGCUUUAGCGGAAUCUAAACUUGUUGCAUGUUUCGUAACGAAUGGCAAUGAAGAAAGCAGACUCUGGGAAGAUGAUUUCUUGCGAGAUUCCGAGUUAAGUUCUCACCUACAAGAAAGAACAGUUUUGCUGCGCCUCAGUGCUGGUUCUGAAGAAGCCAACUAUCUCGCUGCAAUCUUUCCUAUUCCAAAAGCUCCAACUCUUGUUGCUAUUUGGAAUGGAGAACUCAAAGAAUAUUUAAGUGCAGGCAUAACCAAAGACGACUUUUUGACACGAUUCAAGAAAGCCUUGGAAUCUACAUCUAACCAGAGGAAUGUCGAGAAUGACCGCCCUAUUUCACCAAAUGGAACGCGAACCUUGGAGAAUCCAGAACGACGUACGACCGAAGGCCAAUCAUCGGGUGUUUCACCCACUGGUAAUCCGAACAACGGUUCUACGUCCGUUUUACAAUCAAUUCGUAAUAAUGCUACUGGGCAACCGAGCUCGAGCUCUCUUCCUAGAGACCCCAAAGGCAAACUACCUGAAGAUUCAAAGGCCACUGCGGAAGAUCACUCUAGAAACCCAUCUCAAGCGGCGGAAACCGUUAGUUAUGCUGCGAUUCAAAAGAAGCGUCAGCAAGAGGCUAGAGAAGAGCGAGCGCGCAUUCUUGCACUCGUUGAGAGUGACAAAGCAAGAAGACGAAACGAUGCAGGACGCAAGUCUAGUCGUAGUAAUCACUCCACAGAACAGCCAAUGGCAUCCAGCGACAAGGACACAUCCAUACCAACCCCGGUGUCAAAGGCACAGGAUUGUGCCCUUCAGAUCAGACUUUUUGAUGGAUCUUCCAUACGUUCGAGAUUCUCUAGCACCAGUACCCUAAGUGGUGACGUGAGAAAGUGGAUUGAUAGUCAACAAAAGGACGACGUGCCUUAUAUAUUCAAGCACGUUUGUACGCCUUUGCCAAACAAAACCCUCUCAAUGACCGAUGAAAGUCAACCCAUAGCAUCGUUAGGUCUGUUUCCAAGCGCUACACUUAUCAUUGUUCCGGUUCCAACGUAUACUUCGGCUUAUGAAGCAACAGAAUCAAGUGGCAUCUUAUCUAGAGGAAUUGCUGCUGGAUACGGCCUCGGCGCCUGGGGUGUCAAUAGGGUAAUGGCUACUCUUGGUAGCAUUGUUGGUGGUUCGGCUGCUGCAUCGAAUACAGAACAGAUGGCUGGACCUAAUGCAUCAGUAGGAGGUGGCCGUGCGUCAAAUCUAAGAACUCUUAGAGAUCAGAAUCAUAAUGACAACCAUCAUGAGUUGUACAAUGGAAAUACUCUUAACUUCGAGCCUCGAAGGGAUGAUGGUGACAGGGAAGAUUGAUCUGUGUGAGAUACUCUACUGUUCAUAACAGUCACGCACAUUGGUCAUAAAAUACUCUGAGGCAUUAGCCAUCAUCUUCUUCAAUCUUCGAUUUUACUAUUGUGGCGUGAAUUGUAACACGACACACAUAGUUAGCUAUUGGUCCGGCCUGUAUUUGUAGAUAGGGCACGUAUGUCGUCAGUAAUGAACGUUUCAAGUUGAGCUCUUCUAGCAGCACCGCCUCUUUGUUUUAC